AUGUCUUCCAGGUUCGCCCUUCCCCUCCGCUCCACCCUCGCCGCCGCCGCGGUCUUCGGCCUGCUCCUCGGCCGCGGCGUGGACGCGCGCCGCCUCAAGCAGGACUCCUCCGAGCCUCCCUGCCCCGAGGUUUCCCUCGACAACCUAUCGGAACUCGCCGGACCCUGCUCAAACGCCGACCAGGCUUGCGACAUGGACGGCGGAUGCAUCGGCGCCGUGAUCGGGUACGUGGAGUCGCGCCUCGACCUCUCCCAGUUCGACGAGAUGCCCUCGCAGGACUACAUCGCCGGGUGCAUCGCCCCCUUUGCCCUCAGCGACGAAGUCACCGACACCAUCCCCCAGGAAACCUUGGGAGCGAUGAUUGGCUGCGACUACGACGCCAUCGCCAAAAGGUUCGAGGACUCGUACAACGCGCAGAGAGCCGCCGCGCUCGAGGGAGAAUCCGCGGAUGCUGACGCGGAGGAUACGGAUACGGAUCCCAUCGAGUAA